AUCUUUCGUUAAAAAUAGAAAUAAUAGAAAUAGGCGUGGUGUCAUUGCUGCUAUAAAAGGCCAAUGUUUGCUUGCAAACGACUGUGUGAAUCUCCUCUCAGAAUAGUUUUCCAAACUCUAACCAUGAAAUUCUUUAUCAGUUUGGCUUUAUUCGCUUCGCUGGCUAUUGUCGCCGUAAAUGCCCUGGCCGGCCAAUCGGCCUGUCGUGAUCCCUCCGAAGUUGGCCAAACCUAUCCCCAUCAUUGGGAUCCCUCGAAAUAUUGGUUCUGUGAAAAAUUGAAUGAAGUUGCCGUUGAAAAGGAUUGCCCCAAGGAUACCGCCUACAUGCAUUUGUUGAAGGCCUGCAUUCCAUGGGCCAACUGGGUGUGGAAGAAACCUGAAAAUCCACCAACAGUAGCUUAAGGUUGUAAACGGGCCAUAUUGCAUGUUUUGUUAUUGGAACGAAUAAAUAAUCGAUAUGUAGUGAAAUUGUAA